UGUUUUGGCGCUCUAUAAGUACAAUUAAAUUGAAAUUGCUGGAGUAGUGGGCAGGUGUAACCUGCGUUGUGUUGAACCUGCGCGAUUCAGCCCUACACAUGCCCGGACUCGAACCUGCGAACAGCUGCGGGAGGCGAGCGUGCUGACAGUUGAGUUAAAAGCCCAGGCUAAUAGCUCGCAUGCCAGCAGCACUCUUGAGGCGUCGGGGAGUGAGGUUUACCAACGUUCUACACGCACAGCUAAGCUCGCUGCCAUCCGUUACCUACAACUUCAGCAGGGGCGUAACUAGCAGUGAAAUUAAACUUAAAUUGGUGCAUUAAACUCUUACCAAAUUGUUUCAGAAGUGUAGCAAUCUGGUAAACGAAGGUUUUAAAUGCAGUUGUUUACUCCGUUCCAAAGAAAUGUAUGUCCAUGUCGGAUUAGAGAUGGCAUUUGCAUGCCUGUGUUUUAGAGACAUUGGAUAGGGGCAUAACAUUACUCACCAUGCAAUUCACUUCAAUUCACUAUAGUAUAGUAGUACAUACCGCUUCUUCCUCCAGGUCACAUUUUUCAAAGAGGAGUCCAAUUCAUGCAUGGUCCUGACCUUGGUCUCCCUGUCCAGCCAUUACAGAAUGCUACCUGUACGUCAGACCCCACGCACUGGUCAUGUUUCACCAUCUAGGCCUAUUAGUUUCCCCUAUGUGUGUGUGUGUCUGCACACAAAUGCAACCAUGUCCAUGUCUUCUGAGUCUUCGAAGAAUGACAGUUGGGUCUCUGCUACACUGCACUUCCUCUUCUUGAGUACUCUUUGUGACUGGGAAAUACAAUGCUCAGAUUUAAUGGAUUUGGAGGUGUGUACGUAUUUACACAGACUGAACCACGGUGAGUCAUUGUUUCUGUUGAAUAGUUAUCACCAAUAAAUGUUUUUUAAUCAAAUUCAUUCAGAAUCAACCUGAUGCUGUAUAGACUAAACAAUGUUUUUGCCUGAACAUAGCCAUGCUUAUGACCUUAUGUGUGUGGGUAUGUGUGUUUGCAGUUGUGUGUAAUAGCCAUGAAAAGGCUUGAGGUCAUCUCUAGGCCUGUCCAAAUAAUAUAAUUUUUCUCAAUCAGUACACUGUGUGUUUGUGUGUGCAUAAAUGUGUUGUGUAAUUUGUACUUUAUCUGAGGGAAUGCUUACUCAGCUUGGCUGAUUAGAGGCAGGACUUUGGAAUGGAGAUGCUAUCAGUUGUGCUACAGUCCACAAGACCAUCCUAGAGAUACCCAGAGAUUCCGCACCACAGGUUAGUGAGCAUAUGUCACACCAGAGCACACAGCUACAGGACCACACACAUCAAGGAGGGGAGAUGGCUCUCCAGACAGAGGACGACGUGAGCAGCUGGACUGUUAAGCAGGUGAGCCAGUGGCUGGAAGCAGAGGGUUUCCCUGACUAUGUACCGUUGCUAUGUGACCAACACCGUCUGGAUGGCCCAAGUCUUCUGAGCCUGAGGGAGACUGAUCUGCGCACUCCUCCGAUGCAGAUGACCGUGCUGGGGGAUAUUAAGAGACUCAUGCUGGCAGUGAACAGGUUGCAGAGCAGGAUUCCUUCAGCUAUGCCGGAACCAUGGACCACCCACUCGGACGGAGCAGCUGUGCUCGGAGCCUCCAUGGAAUGCAAUGGAAGACACAAACACAGGGCCGCAUGUGAGGACACAGUGGCGUCCAGGCUGCAGGUCCCCUGCCAGGCAAACGGCCACCAUUAUCACAACACAAGUGCAGAGCGCUGGCACCCCUAUUCCAGUGGCAAAUGCAGGGAUGCACAGUUAGAUCCCGAGUACUGGAAGACGGCCCUCAGCGUUGUCUAUUUCGUGUUUGUUUGUGGUGCCACGGCCUGCGUCAUGGUGAUUGUACACGAGAGGGUGCCUGAUAUGCGCACAUAUCCUCCCCUUCCUGAUAUUUUCCUGGACAGUGUGCCUAGAAUCCCAUGGGCCUUUGCCAUGGCUGAAGUAUGUGGACUAACCCUUGGUACCAUGUGGAUCCUGGUGCUGCUAUUACAUAAACACAGGUCCAUUUUAUUUCGUCGUCUGUGCUCACUGAUGGGGACAGUCUUUCUCCUGCGAUGUGUCACCAUGCUCAUUACAUCGCUCUCUGUGCCAGGAGUUCAUUUACAGUGUUCCGCAAAGGAGUAUCUGGACAGCUGGGGAAAGAUUCAGAGAGCCCUGACUAUCUGGUCUGGUCUUGGAAUGACCCUGACUGGAGUGCACACCUGUGGCGAUUAUAUGUUCAGUGGGCACACAGUAGUCCUUACCAUGCUCAACUUCUUCAUCACUGAAUACACUCCGCGAGGCUGGUAUUUCAUUCACACUGCGUCCUGGGUGUUGAAUCUGUUUGGGAUCUUCUUCAUCCUUGCUGCACACGAGCACUACUCCAUCGAUGUGUUCGUGGCCUUCUACCUGACCACACGCCUGUUUCUGUACUACCACACACUCUCCAACACACGAGUGUACCAGAGGAGCCGCCGCGCUCGGGUCUGGUUCCCCCUCUUCUCCUUCUUUGAGUGCAAUGUGAGCGGCCCAGUCCCCAACAGGUACUGCUGGCCUUUCCCAAGACCACAUCUUCUGAAGAUCAUUACCGGCUAAAAACAAAGGAAAGGAUGUUUCUGGUGUGGGUGGAUGGAUUCUUAAAGGAAGACUGGAUAGAUAAUGCUUUACCCCUCUACAUUAUUUGACACAUGGUAGUAAUACUUUUAUUUGAACCCUGUUGAUAACAAUGACACAUUCUUCGUGUUUGGAAUAAUAUUAUUUAUUUAUGUUUUAUUUAUGGAUUCUGAAAUGAAAUAUUAAGACUGUAAGAAUGUAAGACUGGGUAUUUUACUUUCACUUCAACAAAUGUACUUUAUGUAUUUUAAGACCAAAACACAAAUACAAAGAAAUGAAAUAAAAGUGAUAGUGUUUGUUCUAUA